AUGAUUUGGGUAAAUGGUACAAGUAUCCAUACCAGAUUUCUUAUGUGGCUUCUUCUCCUGUAUAUGUUCAUCAGGAAAGUAGUGCCUGAAGAUAACAUCAUUACAACCAAGAAUGGCAGAGUAAGAGGGACAAACCUGCAGGUGCUUGGGGGGACUGUGACAGCCUUCCUUGGAAUACCUUAUGGAAAGCCACCCAUUGGUAGACUGAGAUUUCAAAAACCAGAGCCUCAUGAGAAGUGGUCAGAUGUUUGGGAUGCCACAAAACACGCGAACUCCUGUUAUCAGCUUAUAGAUACAACUUACCCUGGAUUUCCUGGAUCAGAGAUGUGGAAUCCAAAAACUAACCUAAGUGAAGACUGCUUAUACCUUAAUGUAUGGAUUCCUUCUCCCAGACCCAAGAAUGCAACUGUCAUGGUUUGGAUAUAUGGGGGUGGCUUUGAGUCUGGGUCAACUUCCCUACCUGUCUAUGAUGGCAAGUUUCUAGCCAGGGUAGAAAGAGUUAUUGUAGUUUCCAUGAACUACAGGACUGGUGCAUUAGGAUUUUUGGCUUUGCCGGGAAACCAGGAAGUUCCUGGAAAUGCAGGUUUAUUUGACCAAAGACUAGCACUUCAAUGGGUCCAGGAGAACAUAGCAGCCUUUGGAGGCAAUCCAAAAAGUGUGACUAUAUUCGGAGAGAGUGCUGGCUCGGCUUCUGUAAGUUACCAUAUCCUUUCUCCUAAAAGCCAUCCUUUAUUCACAAGAGCCAUCAUGCAAAGUGGAUCUGCAAAUGCCCCUUGGGCUGCAAUAACAGCAUCUGAGGCCAGGAACAGAACAGUGGCUUUGGCUAAACAACUCCAGUGUCCCACCAGCAAUGAGACAGAGCUAAUUCUCUGCCUCCAAGACAAGGACCCAAAGGAUAUAUUGGAGAAUGAAGUUUAUGUCACAAAAUAUGCCCCUCUUUUACAAAUAUAUUUUUGUCCAACUGUGGAUGGUGAUUUUCUAUUGGACAUGCCAGAAACAUUGAUUGAAAACGGCAUUUUCAAACAAACACAGAUCUUGGUUGGUGUUAAUAAAGAUGAAGGAUCGAGUUUUCUAGCAUAUGGAGUCCCUGGCUUCAGCAAGGACAGUGAUGGCUUGAUAAACAAAACAGAAUUUGAAGCAGCUUUAACUCUGUCCUUUCCAGAAGCAAGCCAACUUGCAAUAGAAUCAAUCAUUUUUCAAUACACAGAUUGGGAAAAUGAGCAAAAGCCAGAACAUUACCGUGAUGCCAUGGAUGAUGUUAUCGGGGACUACAAUAUCAUAUGUCCUGCAGUGGAGUUCACCAAAAAAUUUGCACAACUAGGACACAAUGUCUUCUUUUACUUUUUUGAACAUCGAUCCUCAAAGCUCCCUUGGCCUGAGUGGAUGGGGGUAAUGCAUGGUUAUGAGAUUGAGUUUGUGUUCGGAUUGCCUCUAGAAAGAAGAGUUAAUUACACCAAAGCUGAAGAAAUCUUAAGCCGGUCCGUGUUGAGGUAUUGGGCAAGUUUUGCGAAAACUGGAAAUCCAAAUGGGACCCUGGUUAAUGGAACAAGAUGGCCAGUCUUCACCAGUACUGCAAAAUAUUUAACAUUAAAUACUGAUGCUUCAGAGGUGCUGACAAAGUUACGUUCUCAGCAGUGUCGAUUCUGGAAUUUUUUUCCCAAAGUUCUGGAAAUGACAGGAAAUAUUGAUGAAGCAGAACGAGAGUGGAAAGCAGGAUUCCAUCGCUGGAACAAUUACAUGUCAGACUGGAAAAAUCAAUUUAAUGAUUACACCAGCAAGAAGGAGAGAUGUGCAGGCUCUAAUUAAUAUGUUUACCCUUUCCAGUAUUUCCGUAUUACUGUUCAUCAAGGCAAGUAUACAGGUAGCUUUCUAACACAUCUAGCAUUAAAUAUGUUAUGCAGACUGAAAAAAACGUUAUGGAUAUAAUUUUGAUUCCCCAGAUCUUUCAUUUAUAUUUUAUCUCAUAUCUCAAUAAACAAUAUAAGGCAUCUGUACCCUUUGAAGCUUCGGUGUGUUAAAUAGGACUAUAGAGAUUAAAGUCUGAAGAUUAAUGAUGUACAUAUAAA